UGGCAAUACCUGCGGUCAGUGUUAUCGUUGGUGAAGAUUUAUCAAAUGAUGAGGAACUCCUCAAUACGUUCGCUAAUUUAACAAGGGACAUUACUCCUGCAAUUUCAUUGCCUCCGUUCUUAAAUUUUAUUCAUCCUUCACUUCAUGCCAAAUUUUUUGUAUUUCGUCUAAAAUAUACUGGUCAUCUUUAUAAAAAACACAGACAAGUGAUAAGAAGCAGAAUUAUACAAAUUAUCAAACAACGUGAGCAUAAAAAAAGAGAAUUUGAACCUCCGGCAGAUAUUUUACAAACGUUUAUUAAUUUGUCAGAGAAAGAUGGGUUAGUUGAUGUAGAAACAGUAACUGAUUAUAUCAUUGAUAUUAUAUUUGCUGCUAUACACACGACUUCACAAACUAUUACAAAUAGUAUGGUGCCCGUCCCGAAUUUUGGAAAAGAAUUACUUGAAGAAAAUGAAAGAAUUUCAUGUGAAAUUAAAGAUGGAUACUUGACUCGUCAAGAUGUUAAAAAAAUGAUUAAAUUGGAUAGUUUUAUAAGGGAGACUUUGAGAAUUUGGCAACCAAUCGUUGGAUUAGAACAUAAAACAAUUAAUGACUCUUUUACGUUCUCAAAUGAGAUCCACGGCACUAAUCAAAAUGCAAAUACAUUUGAUGGUUUUCAACACAUCGAAAAAAACACUCAAGCCACAAAAAUAGGAAGAGAAUAUGUCCCAUUUGGUUUAGGAAGACAUGCAU